AUGUUGACAGGUGGGAAUUCAGGCAUUGGCAAGGAGUCAGCUGUUGCCUUGGCAAUGAGAGGCGCUCAGGUCAUCAUCGCUUGCAGAGACCCUGACAAGGCUGAGAAGGCUGUGAGGGAGAUCAAGUUCAAGAGUCACAGCCUUAACGUCCUUCACAUGGAGCUGGAUCUGGCCAACCUGCGCUCUGUGAGGGAAUUCUGUAAGAGCUUCCUCCAGAGAGAGAAGAGGCUUGACAUCCUGAUCAAUAAUGCAGGCAUGCCCGGUGUCCUCGAGUGGACGGACGACAGCUUCAGCAUGUGUUUUGGCGUCAACCACUUGGGUCACUUCCUCCUAACCAAUCUGCUUCUGCCUCGCCUGAAGGAAUGCACCCCCAGCAGGGUGAUCACCCUCACAUGCUCCAUCUACAAAUACCAGAAACUAAACUUUCAGGACCUCAACUACAACCUGCUGCCAUUCUUCACCUACUGCCGCAGCAAGCUGGCAAACAUCUACUUCAGUCAGGAAGUGGCCCGCAUCACUGAAGGGAAAGGAGUGACCUCCUAUGCUGUGCACCCCGGUUUUGUCCAAAGUGCUUGGACGUGCCACUACUCCAUCCUGUUCCGGAUGCUGAUGCAGGUGAUCAUGUGGAUGUUUUUUGUGCCGUGUGAGAUUGGAGCUCAGACUGUCAUCUACUGUGCUGUGUCAGAGGAAGCCUCCAAACACAGCGGGGGUUACUUUGUCGACUGCAGACCAGCUACUCUGCGUCCUUUCGCAAGAGACGCUGGUGUGGCAAAAAAACUGUGGGAGGCCAGUGAGAGACUGGUGACACUGGCCUGAUGGUGGAACUGAUUCUUAGUUAUUUAUGGUCGUGUGAUUUCUUUUUAAAUAUCUUUUAUUUUCAUUGACAUGUUUGUGUAAAAUGCUGAUGGAAAGAUUUCUAGUUAUUUUAUGUGUUUAUGUAAUUUAAUGUAUUUAUUAUAUACAAAUAAAAAACUUUGUUUUUCACUGUCA